UUGCUACGUUUGAACCUUUGCGCUUUCCGUAGUUGUUUCGUGUGCUGCAUGGGGAAUGUCAGAGCUCUAGACCUGUGACGGCAUGGCGGAACAACACGCCCCCUUCGUGGCCAUGGAUGCAGUGCUGAUGCCCAGCACGGCCCUCCCAGACGACAUGCCCCGUAUCAAGGGCUAUGACUUCAACCAGGGAGUGGACCACCAUGCACUGCUCCAGUCCUUCCUCACCACAGGCUUCCAGGCUAGCAGUGUGGCCCAUGCCAUACAGGAGAUUAACAGGAUGAUUGAGAAGCGUCUGGAGCCGCUGGAGGAAGAGGAAGGAUGCGGCUCCUCCCUUUCCCAUUCGGGCUGUACCAUCUUCCUGGGGUACACCUCCAACCUCAUCAGCUCUGGAGUGAGGGAGUCCAUCCGCUACCUGGCACAGCACAAAAUGGUGGACGUGAUAGUGACUACAGCGGGGGGAAUCGAGGAGGAUUUCAUCAAGUGUCUGGCCCCCACGUACCUGGGGGAGUUCAGCCUGUCUGGCAAGGAGCUGAGACAGAGAGGCAUCAACAGGAUAGGUAACCUCCUGGUACCUAAUGAUAACUACUGUAAGUUUGAGGACUGGCUGAUGCCCAUUCUGGACCAGAUGGUGCAGGAGCAGAAAGAUGAGGGCACCCACUGGACCCCGUCCAAGAUGAUCCACCGUCUGGGUAAAGAGAUCAACAACCCAGAGUCUGUCUACUACUGGGCCUAUAAGAAUGACAUCCCAGUGUUCAGCCCUGCUCUGACAGAUGGAUCCAUUGGGGACAUGAUCUAUUUCCACUCAUAUAAAAACCCUGGGCUGGUGCUGGAUAUAGUAGAUGAUAUCCGCAGGUUGAACAGCAAGGCAGUGUUUGCCAAACGGACAGGGAUGAUUAUUCUGGGUGGGGGUCUGGUCAAACACCAUAUAGCCAAUGCCAAUCUGAUGAGGAAUGGAGCGGACUAUGCAGUGUUUGUGAACACUGGGCAGGAGUUUGAUGGUUCCGACUCAGGGGCCAGGCCUGAUGAGGCAGUGUCUUGGGGGAAGAUCCGCAUGGAUGCCAAGCCAGUCAAGGUGUACGCUGAUGCUUCCAUAGUCUUCCCACUGCUGGUAGCUGAGACGUUUGCCCACCAUGCUGACAAGCUGAUUCCUGACAAGAAAGAACAACCAAACUAACCAAGGUGUUCCCACUACACCUGUUUUUUGUUUCAUUAGUCAACUGUUGAUACAGCCCCAAAAUGUUUUGCAUGUCAGCAUCAAGUUUUCAAGAUAUAGAACUUUCAAAAGGUUGAUUCACUUGCCACAUCAUGAUAAUGCAUCAUGACAGUGAUCUCUCUGCCACAUCAUGAUAAUGCAUCAUAUGACAGUGAUCUGUCUCUGCCACAUCAUGAUAAUGCAUCAUGACAGUGAUCU